GUCGAGUCUCGUUCCUUGACGACCGUCUCCACUUCCGCUCCAUGUUCUGAGGCCCUUCUAGUCACCUGGGCCCAGGGCAGCUCCAUGGUAAGGCGAGCCGUUAGUGGCGGUUGGUGCCGCCCAGGUGCCCCUGGCUCCUGACUGGGAGCUCGGAGACCGGCUCCGCUGCUUGGCGACGAGCCAGGCGGGAGCUUCGCGCUGUUAGAUUUAACGCGCCGAGAGGCUCCUGAAUCGGCAGGUCUCUCCUUUCUCUUCUGUAGCCAAGGGGAUGCAAAUGACGGGCGGCGCCUGUUGGGGCUGCCCUGACCCCGCCGCGCCCCUUCGCCCUCUGCCCUCCCUAAUAUGGGGCAGCACGCGGGGCUGGCGCGGAGUGGGAGGCGGUCCUUCCCCCCUGGGAGAGUCCCUGGGCCAAGUAGGCGCCGCCGCCGCCGCCACAACCAUGGCUCCUUCGUCGGAGGCCGCGGAGAUUACCGUCUUCUUCUCCCAGCAUUUGCAGGGGUGGGCAAUAUGGGACCCUGACCCUCGGCGUCUCCUUUUCUGCCUAACCGCGUUUCUGCUUUUGGUCCAGGCGCCCGCGGCCAUGGCGGAGGGAGACGGCCUCAUUUCAGUGGACUACGAAGUGUUCGGGAAAGUCCAAGGGGUGUUUUUCCGCAAAAACACACAGGUGGGUGUGCUCUAGGCUGAGGUUUCCCUGGGGUAGGCAAAGGGAAGGUGUGGUGUGACUUUUCCGGUCGCCUCCCCGGCGCGCCCACACAGGCAUUUGCGGGGAAAGCGUGAGCAUUAUGAGCGCUUUAGAAGCUUUGCUUGGGCAGCUGAGCAGCUUAUGUUGUGUAUACACUCCCGCAUCCAGUGCGUUCCUACUGCCUCUUUGAGAUACAUACACUACUUGGCCACAACUGUAUCUAUCCCUAGCUGUGUUUUAAGCUGGCUAUGUGGAUACAGCCUUGGGCUACAGUCCUAUCUCCAGUCCAUUUAUUUAAGAGUAAACCACGCUGAUUUGUAUUGUCAAAAGGUCUGGAUUUUAAACAGUGGCUAUUUCUUUCUUCAUUGGUAUUGGUUGCUAUGUAAAUAUAUUCUGUAGUUUCCUUUCUAUUCAGACUAAUUUGUGUGUGUGUGUGUGUGUGUGUGUGUGUGUGUGUUUUCUGCAUAUAUAUGUUGACAAUGGAAUGCUGCUCUGGAGGUGAAGCCAAACUGCUGAAGAAUUACAGUGCCUGCUGUGGCAGCAGAGACCAGUAACUCUUAACUGCUGCCUCCUGUGUUGUUUUUGCUGUGUUAGCAGCACUGAAGUGACCUCCCCGAGGCGCAAGCCUGGGCAGUGUAUAUGGAGGACCUGGGCUGCCUAGACAAAAAGACACUCCUUUUGGCCUUGUUGGUGUGGUCUAAAGGAAAGCAAAGCAAUAUGUUUCACACCAACAUGGCUGCCGGAGCUGCCGGAAGGAGUGUACAAGGCGCCAUCCGACUGUCUUAGGGACUCCACUCUGGAUUUGUAUAGUGUUUACUCCUUAGCCUUUCCUUCUCUCAAAUAUGUCCCACAAGGCAGCGUAUUAUUAUCUCUUUUUCCAGCAUAUAAAUUGCAUCUUUAUAUAUAUUUUUUAGACUGAAGGAAAGAAGUUGGGUGUCGUUGGCUGGGUGCAGAAUACUGACUAUGGCACCGUGCAAGGUCAAAUCCAAGGUCCUACUGUCAAGGUGCGACAACUUCAAGAAUGGCUUCAGAAGACAGGAAGCCCCAAGUCCCGCAUCGACAGAGCUGAAUUCCGCAAUGAGAAGAAGAUUGCUCGUUUAGAGCAUAGUGACUUUUCUAUUGUCAAAUAAUAGUGCCCCAGGGGGAAAGUACUAUAUUUAUAGUAAGAGCAGUAAGCUCAUUGGGAAGAAAGCGCUCCCUUUAGUUUUUAUAUUAAUUGUUUAUGUGCAGAUUUAUUCACUUUUAACUAUAUAUUUAAAUUAUUUAUUUACAUUGUGAAUACAUUGGUUACACUGAAUGUCCUAAGAACUUGAUGUGUUAAGAAUUGUUAAUAAAGUGUAUGCUUAGG